GGGCGGCAGUGAGAGCGGGCGGGUGUGCGUCGACGGGGCUCUCGCCCCGCAGCCGAGCUGAGCCGUGCCCAGCCGUGCCGUGCCCAGCGCCGCUCCGCUCCCCGGUGAUGCACAGCGGCCCCUCCGUCUAACCCGCUGCCCGCUGCCAUGGCGGCCCCGGCCCCCGGGGUCCCGGCAGGGGUCCCGGCAGGGCUUCGAGCCGCUGCCUGGCUGCUGGCGUGCGCCGCUCUGUGCCGGGGCCGCGCCGCCGCUUGCCCUCCGCUGUGCGCCUGCAGCGGCACCACGGUGGACUGCCACGGUACGGCCCUGCGCGCCGUGCCCAAGAGCAUCCCCCGCGGCACCGAGCGCCUGGAGCUCAAUGGCAACAACAUCACACGGAUCAACAAGAACGACUUUGCUGGUCUGAAGCAGCUCCGCGUCCUGCAGCUGAUGGAAAACCAGAUCAGCACGGUGGAGCGUGGGGCAUUCGAUGACAUGAAGGAGCUGGAGCGGCUACGGCUGAACCGCAACCAGCUGCACACCCUGCCUGAGCUCCUCUUCCAGAACAACCAGGCGCUGUCACGGCUGGACUUGAGUGAGAACUUCAUCCAGGCCAUCCCCAGGAAAGCUUUCCGUGGAGCCACCGACCUCAAGAACCUGCAACUGGACAAGAACCAGAUCAGCUGCAUUGAGGAUGGGGCUUUCCGUGCCCUGCGGGGUCUGGAGGUCCUGACCCUGAAUAACAACAAUAUCACUUCCAUCCCUGUGUCCAGCUUCAACCACAUGCCCAAGCUGCGGACGUUUCGCUUGCACUCCAACCACCUCUUCUGCGACUGCCACCUGGCCUGGCUCUCACAGUGGCUGCGCCAGCGCCCCACCAUUGGGCUCUUCACCCAGUGUGCUGCUCCAGCCCAGCUCCGUGGUCUCAACGUGGCUGAGAUACAGAAGAACGAGUUCACCUGCUCCGGACAAACAGACUCUGCACGUGCCCAGCUCUGCAGCUUGUCCUCUGGCUCCUGCCCAGCCAUGUGCACUUGCAGCAAUGGCAUCGUGGACUGUCGGGGCAAGGGGCUGACAGCCAUCCCUGCCAACCUGCCCGAAACCAUGACAGAGAUACGCCUGGAGCUCAAUGGCAUCAAGUCCAUCCCCCCAGGUGCUUUCUCCCCCUACAAGAAGCUGCGGAGGAUAGACCUGAGCAACAAUCAGAUCUCAGAGAUCGCCCCUGAUGCCUUCCAAGGACUGCGCUCGCUGAACUCCCUGGUGCUGUAUGGCAACAAGAUCACAGACCUCCCCAAGGGUGUCUUCGGGGGACUUUUUGCCCUGCAGCUGCUGCUCCUCAAUGCCAACAAGAUCAACUGUGUGCGAGCAGACACCUUCCAGGACCUGCAGAACCUCUCACUGCUCUCGCUCUAUGACAACAAGAUCCAGAGCCUGGCUAAGGGCACCUUCACCUCCCUGCGGGCCAUCCAGACCCUGCACCUGGCCCAGAACCCCUUCAUCUGCGACUGCAACCUGAAGUGGCUGGCAGACUUCCUCCGUGCCAACCCCAUUGAGACCAGUGGUGCCCGCUGUGCCAGCCCCCGGCGCCUGGCCAACAAGCGCAUUGGCCAGAUCAAGAGCAAGAAGUUUCGCUGCUCGGCCAAAGAGCAGUAUUUCAUCCCAGGGACGGAGGAUUACCAGCUGAACAGUGAGUGCAACAGUGAUGUGAUCUGCCCCCCGAAGUGCCGCUGUGAAUCCAGCGUGGUUGAGUGCUCCAACCUGAAGCUCACCAAGAUCCCAGAGCGCAUCCCACAGUCCACAGCAGAGCUGCGCCUGAACAACAAUGAAAUCUCUGUCCUGGAGGCCACUGGCAUCUUCAAGAAACUCCCACAUCUGAAGAAAAUCAACCUCAGCAACAACAAGGUGUCUGAGAUCGAGGAUGGGGCAUUCGAAGGGGCAUCCUCCGUCAGUGAGCUGCACCUCACCGUCAACCAGCUGGAGUCUGUGCGGAGCGGAAUGUUCAGGGGCCUGGAUGGGCUGAGGACCCUGAUGCUGAGGAACAACCGCAUCAGCUGCAUCCACAACGACAGCUUCACAGGGCUGCGCAACGUCCGCCUGCUCUCCCUGUAUGACAACCAGAUCAGCACCAUCACACCGGGUGCCUUCGACACGCUGCAGUCUCUGUCCACGCUGAACCUGCUCGCCAACCCCUUCAACUGCAACUGCCAGCUGGCCUGGCUGGGGGACUGGCUGCGCAAGAGGAAGAUCGUGACGGGGAACCCGCGGUGCCAAAACCCUGACUUCCUCCGGCAGAUCCCGCUCCAGGACGUGGCUUUCCCCGACUUCAGGUGUGAGGAAGGUCAGGAGGAGACGAGCUGCAUCCCCCGUCCGCAGUGCCCGCAGGAGUGCACGUGCCUCGACACCGUUGUCCGCUGCAGCAACAAACACCUCAAGGCCCUGCCCAAGGGGAUCCCCAAGAACGUCACGGAGCUCUACCUGGAUGGAAACCAGUUUACUCAGGUCCCGGGGCAGCUCUCCACCUUCAAGUACCUGCAGCUUGUUGACCUGAGCAACAACAAGAUCAGCUCCCUGAGCAACUCCUCCUUCACCAACAUGAGCCAGCUCACCACCCUGAUCCUCAGCUACAACUCCCUGCAGUGCAUCCCUCCGCUGGCCUUUGAAGGCCUCCGCUCCCUCCGGCUGCUGUCUCUCCAUGGCAAUGACAUUUCCAGCCUCCCCGAGGGCAUCUUUGCAGAUGUCACCUCCCUGUCCCACCUAGCCAUCGGGGCCAACCCCCUGUACUGCAGCUGCAACCUGCGCUGGCUCUCCAGCUGGGUCAAGACAGGGUACAAGGAGCCAGGCAUUGCCCGCUGUGCAGGGCCCCCUGAAAUGGAAGGCAAGCUGCUGCUCACCACCCCUGCCAAGAAGUUUGAGUGCCAAGGCCCACCUGCCCUGAGCGUCCAGGCCAAGUGCAACCCCUGCCUCUCCAGCCCCUGUCAGAACCAGGGCACCUGCCACAAUGACCCCCUCGGUUUCUACCGCUGCGCCUGCCCCAGCGGCUACAAGGGCAGGGACUGCGAGGUGGCACUGAGCAUCUGCUCCUCCAACCCCUGCCUCAAUGGGGGGACCUGCCAGCCUCAGGAUGGGGAAGGAGCUGGCUUCAGGUGCCUGUGCCCAGUGGGCUUUGAGGGUCCGAACUGCCAUGCCACCAGCGACCCCUGCAAGGAGCACAUCUGUGAGAACGGGGGCUCCUGCGUGCCCACUGCCACCAACUACACCUGCCUGUGCCCUGCUCACUACACAGGGGAUUUCUGUGAGCAGCCACUGGAUUUCUGCUCAGCCGAGCUCAGCCCGUGCCAGCACGGCUCUACCUGUGUCUCCACAAGCCAGGGGCCCAGAUGUGAAUGUGUGCCCGGCUACGUGGGGAGCAACUGCAGCGAGGACUUCGAUGACUGCCAGGACCACCGGUGCCAGAACAACGCCCGCUGCCUGGACGAGGUGAACGGCUACUCCUGCCUCUGCACCGAGGGAUACAGCGGCCAGCUCUGCGAGAUGCCGCCCCCUGCCGCCAGCCAGCCCGGCCUCUGUGAGCGAGCCGAGUGCCAGAAUGGGGCUGUGUGUGUGGAGCGGGGUGCCCGUGCCCUCUGCCAGUGCCUGCCCGGCUUCGGCGGCCCCAAGUGUGAGAAGCUGCUGAGCGUCAACUUCGUGGACCGCGACACGUACCUGCAGUUCACUGACCUGCAGGACUGGCCCCGGGCCAAUAUCACCCUGCAGGUGAGGGCUGGGGGGGCAUGGCGAUGGGGGGGGGGGGUGACAAUGGGGGUGCUGCCCCAGGGAUGUGGGCUCUCACCUCUCCCCUGCCAGGUCUCCACUGCUGAAGGCAAUGGCAUCCUGCUGUACAAUGGUGACAGCGACCACAUGGCCGUGGAGCUGUACCAGGGACACGUCAGGGUCAGUUAUGACCCCGGCACCCACCCCAGCUCAGCCAUCUACAGUGCUGAGACCAUCAAUGAUGGGCAGUUCCACACCGUGGAGCUGGUGACCUUCGACCAGAUGGUGAACCUCUCCAUCGAUGGCGGCAGCCCCAUGACCAUGGACAACUCGGGCAAGCACUACACACUGAACAGUGAGGCCCCCCUCUAUGUGGGAGGGAUGCCUGUGGAUGUCAACUCAGCUGCCUUCCGCCUCUGGCAGCUCCUCAACGGCACCAGCUUCCACGGGUGCAUCCGCAACCUCUACAUCAACAACGAGCUGCAGGACUUCACCAAGACACGGAUGACGCCAGGGGUGGUUCCGGGCUGUGAGCCCUGCCGCAAGCUCUACUGCCUGCACGGCAUCUGCCAGCCCACUGGUGCCCAGGGCCCCGUCUGCCACUGCGAGCCUGGCUGGGACGGGCCCCACUGCGACCAGCCCCGCGGCGGCCCCUGCCAGGGGCACAAGUGUGUGCACGGGCUGUGCCUGCCCCUCGACGCCCUCUCCUACACCUGCCAGUGCCAUGAGGGCUACCAGGGCACCCUCUGCAACCAGCCCACUGACCCACCUGACCCCUGCCACCGCCAGCCCUGCGCCCACGGCUACUGCCGCCUCACCCCGGGUGGCCAGCCCACCUGCGAGUGCCACGACGGCUACACCGGAGCCCUCUGUGACCAAGAGCCGGAGUGCCGCGGCGAGCCGGUGCGGGACUACCACCAGGUGCAGCGGGGCUAUGCCAUCUGCCAGACGACGCGGCCAGUGGCCUGGGUGGAAUGCCGAGGGACAUGCGGGGGCCCCAGUGCCGGCUGCUGCACUGGGCUGCGGCUGCGGCGCAGGAAAUACGCCUUCGAGUGCAGCAACGGCGCAACCUUCGUGGAGGAGGUGGAGAAGCCCAGCAAGUGCGGCUGCAGCCAGUGCCUGUGAGCGGCCACUGGCCCUGGUGAGCCGGGGGGCCAGCGGGGAGCCCUCCCAAGAGCCAAGGACCUCGCUUUGGUGCUGCUGGCUGGGUGUUCCUGGACUGCACCAGAGGAGCCCUGCGGAGGGCAGAGCUGUUGCAUCUCGAGGGUUGGGAAAAAAGGAAAAAGAAAACCCACAAAGCAAAUGUGUAGAUAGAGAAUUUUUUAAGAACUGCAGCUACACAGACGUGUGGAUAGGGGGUGGCCACUGCCCAGCUCCCCCCAUCCACUCCAUGCGGCACUUGGCCUAUUCCCCAGUGCAGCCCCACAGCCACAGAGGGCAGCAUCUGCAUCCCCUGGUGUGUCCCCUCCCUGGAGGCCCCAUCCCCUGUGUCCAGACCAGUGAGCCAGGGUCUUUUCCAACACCCGGGGCUGGAGCAGAGGGGCUUGACAUGGCAGAGCUUCUUGGGCUGUGGCUGGCAGAGGGCUGUGCAGUGUAGCUGACACCCUGUGGUCCUGCGAACCCGGAGCGCUGCUUCACAUCCUCUCCUCUGGCAGCCCUGGACUCCCUGUUGAGGAUCUGCCAUUGCCCUGAUGGUAGCAGCAGUGAGUUCCCAAAUGUCAGCAGCUCCACUGCCACAGGCUGACCCACUGGUGGCACGCCAGGGCUGUGCGCUUGCCAGCGAGGCUCCAGGGUGCUUGGGCACAGCUCCAGCCUAUUGUGGUGGCACAGGUGCCAUGGAGCAGGACCAGGGUGGUCCCAGGCACACUCUGUGGGUCACAGGCAAUGAUGUGCAGAUUUCUGGGGGGGUCCCAGCACCAGCCCUGCCACUGUGCCAUUAAGAUGGAGAGGGGCUCCAAGCACCCUCAGCCCAGCUGGGUGGCUCUGCUCAGAGGUGUGGAGCAGCACAGACACCUUUUUCCCCCAAGCUCAACACUGUGGAAUGGGUUCUGCUGCUGGGCAAUGAUGCUCUGUGUCCCCAUGGUCCAGCCAGCAAGGGUAUGACAGCUGGGGUGCGGGUUUGCCAUGGCCAUCACCGGUGCCCGUCACUCAGGACCUCAGCCUCGUGGGUGCCAGGGCUGCCUGAAGAGGCUGAAGAUGCUCAAGCCUGGAGCUGACACUGCUGCCAUGACAGGUCCCACCAGAUCCUGGACAUGGGUGCUGAUGCUUGGGCAGCUCCUCUCCAAAGUCAGCAGUGCUGGUGGACACACUGUGGGACCAGGCCCAGCACCACUGCCAGUGCAGCACAACAGACCCCAUGGUGGGGUGCUACAUGCACCCAGCUUCCACAGCAGCAUCACUGCCUGUGGGGACCAAGGAUGGUGGGUGCCGGACCUGGGACACUGCACGCAGCUGGACAGUGCAUCACCGUGUCACCGGGGUGGACAAACUCAUCCCAGGGCUGCAGCACCAGGUUUCUCCAGCACACUGCUCCAGCGCAUCGGCAUCAGAUCUGCACUGCAGGCUGUGAACUGGCUGUGGGCAUCUCCACUGCUUGCAUCCAGCUUUGUGGGUGCCAUCACCAUCCCUGCUCACCAAUGGCAUCCAGGACAUUCCCACCACCAUGGGGAUAUGUUUCUGCCAUCGACGCCCUCUCCACAGGAGCCCCCUCUGCUGCACAGAGGAGCCAGGACAUGUCUCAUUCUGCCCAUGGCCCAGCUGGGGCUUGGUUGUGUUGUGUUUCUGUUCUUGCUGUACGCUAACCGCUAAAGUAUCUCUUUAUACAGAAUACUUACAGAUUCUAAUAUAUAUUUGUAUUUCAUUUUGUUAUAGUAUUUUUAUAUGUUCGGGGUCAACAAAUGAUGUUUUCUUUUUGUUUACAGAUGCUACUGGGCAGGAAAAUGACGGUGGCUUUGUUUGCCUGUGGGGUUUUUGUGUGUCACUGUUGAAGACGCUGGUUUGUACUAGGCUGGCGAGGGAGGCAUGAGCAUCCUUCCGCUGGCAGAGGCUGUAUUGUUUUAGGAGAUGUUUGGUAUUGUCUAUGUUGUCUUCCAUGUGAACAUGACAUUUAUUCAUUCA